AUGCCUCCCAACUGGGACGGCCACUCCCGCCCUCCCAAUCACCGAAUUCACCGGAGUGGCGAGGAGGCUGAGGAGUGUGAUCUUCGGCCUGGCGAUAAACAUUUUUCUCUUCUUCCGCCGUAUCCGGAACUGAGGAGGAAGAGCUCGGCUGUUUCGAAGACCAAGACCACCACUGCUGCUGAAGGGUCUGACGAAAGGGACGACGAAGACGACGUCAACUCCGGCCUGGUUGACAACGAGGCUGCCUCUCCGUCACCCUCACCAACUCCCGCUCCCCUUCUUGCGCCAACAGCCCCAUCCAGCCGCGCGCAAACCCUAGCGCCCCAGCACAGCGCGACCCCCGACCCUCGCACCCACAGCGUGACCUACCCGACCCCUUUCACGCAACACCGCGCCCGCACCUCCGCAAACCCAGACCCCGAGACCUCACCAACCUCAGCCGGCAGCAUGAAUCGCCGUAUGCAGCUGCGCCAGCGCGCCGCCGCCGCCUCCUCUUCCAAAACUAAGACCACAACCACCAGCGGGAGCACGCCAACGGUCCUCGUCCCCCAAACCCCCGCCGCCGAACUCCCAAACGACGUAGCCCGCACGAUCGAACACGGCAGCCCCGUCAUCCACGUCGUGCCGGCGACCAGCCCGUCGAGCUCCACCUCUUCCGCCCAAGAAGAUCGCGAAGACACGCCCAAAACCCGCGUCAUCCUGCGACUGGUAGAGGAAAGCAAGCAGCAGCUCGCGCGCGCCGACCGCCUGAUCACGCGCACGCGCGUCGAGAAAGCCGGUCGCAUCUUCGAAGAACGUAAACGCUGGGGUGUGGAGGCGGAACUGCAGUUAAGAAACGAGGAGAUGGAUGCGUUGGUGGCUGCGCAGAGGGAUGUGGGUGAGGGGAUGACCGCGAAGGGGGUCGUAAGCUUGUUGGCGCGCAUCGGAGGGCUUGUGAUGGUCCUGUGGGCGGUGUGGUUGUGGUGCAAUCGGGUUGAUUUUGAGUACCUUGACAUGGUGCGGAGGCGGUAUUAUGGGCUUGAGGAGUAG